AACCACACACUUAAAAAUGGUUAAGAUCCAGGACUGCGCUUGCGGCACCAUGAACCCUACCAUCGGCAUCGCCCUCUUGCUGACAGUCUUACAGGUGGCCCGUGGGCAGAAGGUGACCAGCCUGACCGCCUGCCUGAUGAACCAGAGCCUUCGUCUAGACUGCCACCAUGAGAAUAGCACCAACCUGCCCAUUCAGUACGAGUUCAGCCUGACCCGUGAGACAAAGAAGCACGUGCUCUUUGGCACCAUUGGGGUCCCUGAGCAUGCAUACCGCUCCCGAACCAACUUCUACAGCAAGUACAACCUCAAGGUCCUCCACCUGUCUGGCUUCACCACCAAGGAUGAAGGAAUUUACACAUGCGAACUCCAGCUCUCUGGCCAGACUCCCACCACCUCCAACAAGAAUGUCUCUGUGUUCAGAGAUAAGCUGGUCACGUGUGGGGGUGUCCGCCUGCUCAUCCCGAACACCUCGUGGCUGCUGCUGCUGCUGCCCUCCCUGCCCCUCCUGCAGGCCGCGGACUUCACCUCCCUGUGACGGGUGGGGCCCCCGGAGGACACAGGAAGCCACAAGGCCCCGUCCAGAGACCCUCCUUCUCUGAGUCGGCGGACCCCCUGCCCCCAACCCCUCACACACCUUGGGGAGACAUGGGGACCCCACCCCUCCUAAGGAAUCCCAGUGCUGCAUGCCAUUACCUCCCCUCCCCCACUGCCACCUCACACCCUCUCCGCAUGCCACUGGCUAUUUGUACUCUCUGUUCCAGAGCUGCUUCUGUCUGGUUUAUUUAGGGCUUAUCCUUCCUUUUCUUUGGGAGUUUGUGAAAAGGGAAGCCAGGGUUGGGGGGGACCUGAUGGAGAGUGAGGGGAUGGGGGGGCGUAGGAGGAUGGAGACGUAACAGUCCCUGGGGGCGGUCCUCCUUGCCCACUGGGACCAGAGGCCUGGGAGACACCUGGACGAGCAAGGCGAGGGGUGUGUUGGGGCCCAGCACAGCCUUCAGCAGCAGGGAUGGCACCUGAAGACUCUGGAUGGGAGGGCACCGCCAAGCCUGUGUGGCCCAUCACGUGAGGAGAGAACUGAGCGUCUCCACGAGCACUUUCUGCUACAGAAAAAGAGCCGUCUUCUUCCCCUGCAGACGUCCCGGGGGGCCUUGGGCCUGGGGUUUGGUCCAGUGAAUACGCAGAUUCUGCCCAGGAAGCAGUGCUGAUGGGCUGGUGAGGCAGGUGGAAGGGAGGGUCCAUCAUCCCUCCCCCACAGAGGAAACUAGAAAUGGGAGCCUAGUGUCUCUCACUGGCUCGACCAGCAGCUGGCAGGGUGGCAGAGGAGGACAAGCCCCUCCUGGCUAUCCCAAGCUCCUAAGAGCUUUCAGAACUCAGAUCUGGAGGCCUGUAGAGCCCCUGGUUGAGCAGCACAGAGUGUGGCCCACAUGUUUCUCCAGGAGGCUCUUCCCUCCUCCCCGGGCAGUGCCUGAGGCUCCAGACAGCGCCCUGCCCCAUAGGCCUGCCUUCUCGGGGACCUCUGGGGGGCCUGAGGCCGGCCAUGGGGUGAGACUCAUGAGUGGGACAUGCCUCGAGGGAUGGCUUUUCCCAACACCCAGCCCCCCCCCCCGCCCCCCCAGGCGGCUCUGCCCUGUCCUGUGACCGUGUAUAGUGCCACCACGCUUAUGGCAUCUCACUGAGGAAAAAGAAUACUGUACAAUAAAACCAAGCCUCUGGAAUCUGUCCUCCUGUCUGUCUCUGCUUUGCUCCCCUCUCCCCAGGCCUGCCUCCUGCCCUUAGCCUAAAGGGCCAACCCACCACCUCCUCCUCUCCCCCAUCCCUGCCUUCUGCAGCCCUUCCUCUCCCUGCUGCGCCCAGAGGUGGACCACUGCAGGCCUGGCUUCUCAGAAACCCCUCUAACAUGACACGUUUCCCCGAAUAAACGAAUGUCCCCUCUC